CAUCCCUGAUCUUGAGGAAUCUUAUGGAGGUUGAGUCAGUUAGCGAAGGAAGAUUCAAGCAGGAAAGCCAAGACAACCUGAAGACCAUUUAAUCAAGUGCAAAAGGGGUUAUAAGAAGAAGAAGAAGAGGAAACAGAACAAGAAAAAAAGAAGACUGAGGAAGUCUGAAGACCUGUGCAGAACAAUGAGUACCUUGGGGUACCACAGGGAGGUGAAAAGAAACGAGGAGGUGGAUGAAGAUGAGCUGCUGGCCACUCUUUCCAUCGAGGAGCUCCAAGAGUUGGAGAGGGAGUUGGCUGUGCUGGAUGAUAACAUCCCGAUCGGCCUGAGACAAAAAGACCAGACUGCCAAAACUCCAACAGCAACUUUUGACAGGGACGCUCUGUUAAAGUACUGGGAGGACGAGAACAAGAAACUGCUCAGAGAUGACAAGAGUCAGUCAAACCGUGGACAGGUAAGGACUAACACUGAGACUUAAGAGUCAGUGGGAAUCAUUUUCAGUUUGUUUGAAAUAAGGAAUCCACAACUUGGUACCUUAAAGAACAAGACAGUGUCUAAUGAAGAAAAGAAAAUACCAAAUUCACAUUAAUAUUUUGCAACUAGUAAACUGGUUCCAGUUUUAAAAUCGAACCUUUUCUGCUGCUAAUUUUAGUUUUCAAAUAAAUAGAAACCUGGACCAUGGUUGCACACAUGGUUUACCCAGGUUAUUCCACAAAUUUAGAUCAUGCUUGUGAAUCUAAUAUUUGGAAUUAGUCUGUUGCCGAAAUGUGCAAUGUAGAUAAACUUGUCUUGCCAAUCGGAGAUCUUACAGCCUAAAAAAAACAUUCUGGCUUGAUCAGGCUCAAAUAUUCCACUUGGAAAUCUAUCAACAGUUUGGCACAAAUGCUAUUCUUAUCAACGCCAGUACUAAGAGACACUUGAGUGAUUUAAGCAGUUACCGUCUUCAACACACUGUUGAAACCGUUUAUUGUACUGUGUUGAUGGGAAUACUGCCUGAAAUUACAGAAGCUCAAAAUAUAAAGCCAAUUAAAGAAAAAGAGACCUUUUGGGACAAAUAUAGCUCGAUCCAAUUUAAUGUGUUGAUUUUGUAACCAUGCUUAUCCAUAAAUAAAUCAGUUUAAGCUCCUCACGAACCUCCCCAGCCCCCUCAUGAUAAUAUUAGAAUAAAAAUACACUUAGAAAGCGUUCAUGGUAUCCACAAAGAAUGUGCCAUUGUGAGCGACAAGUCUAAAAGAGACUACAUGUCAGAGUGCAUCGUAAUCUAGAAAAGCAUGUUUAGAAAAAUCAGGAGGGAGAUUCAGUUCCAGUGGGAUCAAAAUGUUUCACAUGGAGUUCAGUUUGAUGAUCAUAGAUAAAACGGUGUGAAGUGUCUCCUGUGACCACAAAUGAAAAAAUCAACCCUGAUGACAAAUUGGUGAUACCUUUGGGGUGUUACAGAGGGACACGCAGGAUUCAGUGUAUGAAAUCUGACUACUAUUUGGAAAUAUGAGCCUGAACUUCUCUGCAUGUGUUGCCUCUAGUUCUGCAGAAUUUGAAAUAUUGUACUUUUUUUGUAUCCAUCAAAUCUUGCAGCUAUACAAAUGCAACUCUUAAACAAAUAAAAAGUAACUGUAAAAAAAAUUAGAGGAUUUAACUGACAUUGCUGUGUGCAAUUAAGAGCAUCGAGGUGUAAAAAUUAAUAUCCAGCCAGGAUCAAAAGUGGUAUUUAUGUGAACUGUUUCAUUCAGUGUAGAGAGUGUCAUAUGUAGCUCGUGGCCUUCUCCAUGUGGCUGGGACAGUGUCUAAAAAUAAAGCCUGGGAGAAAUGCCAGCUUUAAUGAUUGUCUGCUGGUGUGGGGGAGAGUUAUUAAUUAAAAGUCAAAGGCUGGAGAAUGUCAGGGUUCGACCUAAUUUUCUACCCUGUUAUCGUGUGCAGGAGGGAUGCCCAGAGAAGAUCAUCGAGGAACGAGUGACAGUUUCCACCAGCAUGAAGAGUAAGACUCUGGACAGUGAUAGAAAGAAGAUUUCACCGAAAGGGAAGAAGCUGACGACUGUCUGUGGCAAAAAUGAUGCAAAGGAGGAUGAAAAGAAAGACGAAUGUAAAAAAGAGGCUCUGAUCAGGAGUAAAUGUCCUCCAAAGAACAGUCUGUCAAAGGGCUCUCGAGGGGAAUCAAAGAGGACUGAAAGCACAAACCAAAACCUGAAUGAAAAUUCUGACAGACCCAGCGGAAACCCAACUAUCAUUGACAAAACUCUGGAGCAGAUCCUGAACAAUGAUCCCACGGUAAGCGAAGUCAACCUCAACAACAUCGAAGACAUCUCCCAAGAAACUUUGCUUCGUUUUGCAGAAGCCCUGAGCACAAACACUCAUGUCAACGUCUUCAGCCUCGCCAACACCCAUGCAGAUGACCGUGUCGCCUUUGCCGUCUCCAAGAUGCUCACAGAGAACUGUUCCAUCAAAAACCUCAACAUCGAGUCCAACUUUGUGUCUGGUCAAGGCAUCUUAGCUCUGCUGGCAGCACUUCAGUUUAACAAGACUCUGGUGGAGCUUCGCUUCCACAAUCAGAGGCACAUCUGUGGGGGGAAAGUGGAGAUGGAGAUGGUUCAGCUGCUGAGGGAAAACACCACCCUGCUCAAGCUUGGGUACCAGUUUGACCUCCCAGGCCCAAGGAUGACAGUAACCAGCAUCCUGACACGCAACCAGGACCAACACCGACAAAAGAGGCUCCAGCAGAAGAAGGACCAAAGUCCACCUGAGGUGUCAGAACAAGGCCCUGGUUCAUCCGCAGAAAACAAACCACCAAAGAAGCCUUCACAAUCCUCUAAGAAGGUUGAGCAUGAAAACAGAAACCCUCCGUCCUCAGACCCACCGACCAGAAAGAUCGCAGAAAUGGUCAAACAGCACGAAAGCUCCAACGCCACAAAGAGCCAGUCAAACCAAAAGAAAGCCAAGUCAAAGAAGCUGAAGAAUGGCGCCAAUGAAAAGGAGAGUGCAGAUAUUCUCAAAGACCUGAGGAACUCUUUGAGGCCAUCAAUCCAGAAGAGACGAGCUGAGCCGUCACGCCUGCCGCAGCUGCAGAGAUCGAGCCGAGACGACCUGAUGGCUGCCAUUCGCGGGAGCAGCAUCAUGUCCUUAAAAAGGGUGAGACUCCCUGAGAAUCUGUCACUGACAGAUCUGUUUGGGGUUUAAAGGAAUUUUGUUGUGCUUGAGUAAAGCAUCACAUAAAUAAUCGAGCCCCCAAAAAGCCAUUAGACCCCCCAAGUGUGAACGCCUGCUGUCAUUAGAUGAUAGCCUCUGUCGCUCAGUGAAUUCUUCGGCUCUCUGUCAGGUUAAAAAUAGUUUGACUUUUUCACUUGCUGCUUGAUAAGACAGAGGGCUCAAAGAGCUUUUGGGAAACGGUUUGGUUUAUUUUUAUUCGUGAUGAUUCAAAAUUACCAAACUUAAGUGCUAGUUCACAUUUCCAUGAGGGUUUCAGACUUUUUAAAGUCGUGUAGUUUGCCGGAAGACCUUGAGAGAUAAUCGUGCACUUCUGCUCUGCAGUGUGAUAGACAUGAACGAAUAAGGCGGCUGAGUAUAACCUGGUCUGUAGCUACUUCUGUGUUGACUAUGCUGUAGCUAAGCAAGUGCACCUCCAAUACACCGCCCCCGACAGUGCAAGGUAUCGGUCAUACCGCCAGUUUCCAGUUCCUCUUUUUUCCCCCCAUUUGUGUACUAGAAACCAUGGCUACUGAAUCUGGGAGUAAUGCAGUUGAAAAGAUAAAAAGAAGAAAGAGAAGAAAAGGAACAAAUGUUGAAGAAGAUGAACUACAUAGUUACUGAGUAAAGAACAGGGAUGAUGGGAAAGUCCUUGGCAAUAGGCAUACCCUGUGACACCACCAACCCAAGUCUCUUUUCUCAGUGGCCUUACAGUCUUUCUCCUGUAAGCUAAUGAAGGGCUGCAGUGAUUUCAUAGAAGUCCACUCAAACAUAUUACACUUGGAUUCAGUUGCCAUUGUUUCCUGCAUGCAAACAAGGAGGGAACAUGGCCGGAGAGAAAGGUAGAAAGGUGGCACUAUGAUAAGGAUAGACAAAGACAUCACACUGCCAGGCAGCAUUAUGUAGUGCCCACAAUGGUAUCUGACUCUAUCUGACGCAGUAGCAUCGACCAGGCCUUGGCAUGCAGGCACCUGCAUUGGUACAGCGCUAUGUGGACCUACGACAUGGGCUGUGGCGCAUGUAGUUGUGGUACAGAAGUAGAAAUCAGGUCUUAGCAGUAAAACUAAGUAAAUUCUUCCAUGGUAAUGGACUUUAACUUCUGUGAUGUUUCUUGUUUCAGGUGGACCCAUCACUCGCCUGAACUCACCUGCUGAUCACACCUGAAAUCCUCUCACUUUAUAUUGAUAAAUUUCCUUUUUAAUUCACACACGUCACUUUUUGAUAGUAUCUUGUUUAAUUUUUAACACAGCAUAGCAGCAGACUGUAAAUGAUUUUGUCAUUUCACAUCUCACUGAUGCAUUUUGUUACUGUGUGAGAAAACUAUCAUUGAAACUGUUGUGCAAAGAAAUAAAAUAAGCAUCACUGA